AGUCGUGCUGCCCCUGUGUGAAUGGGCUCUUAGAGAAGACAAUGUUGACAAACACAUUCAAUGUCGUGUAACAGGUUUGGCGAGUAGUAUAAUAUCCCAGCCCCCAAGUGAGUGUCUUCACCUUCAUGUACAUUCAUGUUGCCUGACCACACAGCCGAUAAAGCUCGCUACAUCUCCACAGCAAGCAAUGGAGGCGGAUUUCUCAAUUUUAUAAAAUAUUAUUUAAUCACAUACUAUUGAAUUUUGGCAAAAUGACUUCAGAAGCCCCCAAAAACCUGGAGCUCAAAGAUGUUUCAUCAUUCGCGUCUAUUUCCCCAGUGUUUACGAAGCCUAUGGAUUCACAUGUUACUGAAGGUGACAAAAAACAUGAAGAGAUGGAUUCGCCUCGUUCACCUGUCGAUGAAUCGGUUCGCUUGCUUCUAGAAGAAAGUAGCAGUGAAAGUGAAUCAUCGAAUGCAAAUCAUGAAAUACAAAAUCAUGAAAGACUUUUAUUGUCUGCUGUUUCUAAAGGAGACAAGGAGUUGUUAACGAGGCUUCUCAAAAGCAUUAAAGACAGGUCCUCCAGCUUUUUAAAGUCUGGUGCCCAAGAUUAUCUUUUGAAAAAACUAACAGCAGAGGACACUGGGAAAACAUGUUUGAUGAAAGCGUUAUUGAAUAUAAACAGCAACACCCCUGAGAUUGUGCGUAUCCUCAUUUCAUUUUCUGAAAAUAAUGGAUUCUGGGACCAAUUUAUUAAUGCUGAAUACACAGAGGAAAAUUACAAAGGUCAGACUGCUUUACACAUCGCUAUUGAAAGAAGACAAUUGGAAAUUGUGAAGUAUCUCAUUGCAAAGGGAGCAAAAAUAAAUGUACGAGCAAGUGGUCUUUUUUUCAACCCAGUGGAUAAAAAUAACGGGUUUUAUUUUGGUGAAACUCCAUUGGCUCUAGCUGCAUGUACCAACCAACCAGAAAUAGUUGAACUGCUCAUGAAAGACAGCCAAACCAAUGUUUCCAUGCAGGACUCUGUCGGAAAUACUGUGCUCCAUGCUCUAGUUACUGCCUCAGAGGGCUCAGAAUCUCACAAUACAUUCAUAAUAAAUAUGUAUGAUAAAAUCAUACGCAAGUGUAAAAACAAGUCUUUAGAAGACAUUAGAAAUAAAAAAGGUCUUUCACCAAUGCAGUUGGCAGCAACGACUGGUAAACUGGAGAUACUUAAAUACAUUCUGAAUAGAGAAAUAAAGGAGAAAGAAAACAGAAUUCUAUCCAAGAGAUUCACAGACUGGGCUUAUGGCCCCGUUUCAUCUCAUCUGUAUGAUCUGCGCGAUGUGGACACAUGCUCAGAAAACUCGGUGCUAGAAAUAGUCGUAUACAAUACAGAUAUUAAUAACCGCCAUGAACUGUUGGCUUUAGAACCCCUCCAAACUCUACUUCAGAUGAAAUGGAAAACGUUUGCAAGAAGCAUGUUCUUAGUAUCAUUUCUUCUUACCUUUGCCUAUAAUUUGGCUUUUACUCUCAUCUACUACCAGCCACAUGGAGACAAGUCUCCAAAAGCUCUGAACAUCUCUGGUACAACAGGAUUUUUUGAACUGUUUGGUCAUGCGUUUAUCUUGAUUUGGGCCACGUACUUAAUCGUUCAAAAGGGUGUUUCAGUCUUCUGGCUGAGGCCCUCAGAUCUGAAAUCGAUUGUGUCUGAUGCCUGGUUCCAUAUUCUUAUUUUCAUACAAGCAGUCCUUGUUAUGGUAUCAAUGUUCUGUUGUAUAUUUGGAGCAGAAGUGUAUCUGGCAUUUACUGUCAUAGCCAUGGUCCUUGGAUGGACAAACCUGAUGUAUUAUACUAGAGGAUUUCAGUCCCUAGGAGUCUACAGUGGAAUGAUUCAGAAGGUCAUCUGGAACGAUGUCUUAAAAUUCUUACUCGUGUUUGUUCUGUUCUUAUGUGGCUUUGGCGUUGCUCUUGCCUCAUUAAUUGAACACUGCCCCGAUGACGCAGAUUGCAUGAGGUAUAACACCUUUAGAAGAUCAAUUAUGGAAUUGUUUAAACUCACCAUAGGAUUAGGAGACCUGGAGAUGCAGCACGAUUCUAAAUACCCAGGCCUGUUUCUGCUGCUUCUUAUCACUUACGUCAUUCUAACAUUUGUGCUUCUUCUAAACAUGCUGAUUGUAUUAAUGGGACAGACUGUUGAUGACAUUUCUAAGGACAGUGAGAAUAUUUGGAGACUUCAGAGAGCUAGAACCAUUCUGGAGUAUGAGAAAUGCUUGCCAACCUGUUUAAGAAAGAAAUUUAAACUUGGAAACAUUUGCAAGAUCUCAGAAAAGGACCGAAGAUUAUGUUUAAGAAUUAAUGAAGUUAAAUGGACGGAGUGGCAUCAUCAGGUUACGUGCUUGAAUGAAGAGCCUAAGUUAAAUGGAACCAGUUGCUCCGAUUUGCGUGACAUCGCUGGACCGGACCAUCCUAAUCAAUCGCCCCAGAUUACCAUUAAGGUGUACAGUGCAGAUGGCCGAACUCAAACUCCUCAAAAAUUAUUUUGAUUAAUGUUUUCAAUUAAACUUUGUAGCCACUU